AUGCCGCUGUCUCGGUCCCUGUCCAUGACGUCCCUGAGCGGGCUGCUGCCGGCCUGGGAGGAGGACGAGCUGCCGGUGGAGGACCUGCUGCUGUUUGAGGUGGCCUGGGAGGUCACCAACAAAGUGGGAGGAAUCUACACCGUCAUCCAGACCAAGGCCAAGGUGACGGUGGACGAGUGGGGGGAGAACUACUACAUGAUGGGGCCGUACUACGAACACAACUACAAGACCCAGGUGGAGGACUGCGAGCCGCCCCACCCGGCCAUCAGGAAGGCCAUGGACUCCCUGAUCCACAACGGCUGCCAGGUUCACUUCGGCCGCUGGCUGAUCGAGGGCAGUCCGUACGUCAUCCUGUUCGACAUCGGCUCGGCGGCCUGGAACCUGGACCGCUGGAAGGGGGACCUGUGGGAGUCCUGCCACAUCGGCCUGCCGCACCAGGACCGCGAGGCCAACGACGCCCUCCUGCUGGGCUCCCUGAUCGCCUGGUUCUUCAAAGAGUUGACGGACUCCCUCGGGGACAAGCCCAACGUCGUGGCCCACUUCCACGAGUGGCAGGCCGGCCCGGGCCUCAUCCUGUCCCGCUCCCGCAAGAUCCCGCUGGCCACGGUGUUCACCACACACGCCACCCUGCUGGGGAGAUACCUGUGUGCCGGGAACGCCGACUUCUACAACAACCUGGGAAAUUUUGACAUUGAUAAGGAGGCUGGGGAGAGGCAGAUCUACCAUCGGUACUGUCUGGAGCGAGCGGCCGUCCACUGCGCUCACGUCUUCACCACGGUGUCCCAGAUCACAGCGGUGGAGGCCAACCACAUGCUGCACAGGAUGCCAGAUGUGGUGACUCCUAACGGACUGAACGUGAAGAAGUUCUCGGCCAUGCACGAGUUUCAGAACCUGCAUUCCACCAGUAAAGUCCGCAUCCAGGAGUUUGUGCGGGGACACUUCUACGGUCAUCUCGACUUCAACCUGGAGAAAACCCUCUUCUUCUUCAUUGCCGGACGCUAUGAGUUCUCCAACAAGGGGGCUGACAUCUUCCUGGAGUCGCUGUCCAGGCUGAACUACCUGCUGCGGAUGCACAGAGACGAUGUGACCGUGGUGGUUUUCUUCAUCAUGCCAGCUAAAACCAACAACUUCAACGUGGAGUCGCUGAAGGGGCAGGCGGUCCGCAAACAGCUCUGGGACACAGCUCACACUGUGAAGGAGAAGUUUGGUAAAAAACUGUAUGACGCUCUGCUGAAAGGCCAGAUUCCCGAUAUGGACACUAUUCUGGACCGAGAUGACUUCACCAUCAUGAAGAGAGCCAUCUUUGCCACUCAGAGGCACGGCCUGCCUCCUGUUACGACUCACAACAUGCUAGACGACACCACAGACCCCAUCCUGGCCAAUAUCAGACGAGUUGGCCUCUUCAACUCCAGGAACGACCGAGUCAAGGUGAUCUUCCACCCGGAGUUCCUGUCCUCCACCAGUCCUCUGCUGCCCAUGGACUACGAAGACUUCGUCCGCGGCUGUAACCUGGGGGUCUUCCCGUCGUACUACGAGCCGUGGGGGUACACACCCGGUGAGUGCACUGUGAUGGGCAUCCCCAGUGUGACCACCAACCUGUCGGGCUUCGGCUGCUUCAUGGAGGAGCACGUCUCGGACCCUACAGCCUACGGCAUCUACAUCGUGGACCGACGCUUCCGCUCUCCAGAGGAGUCCUGCAACCAGCUCACACAGUUCAUGUUCAGCUUCUGUCAGCAGUCUCGUCGUCAGCGCGUCAUCCAGAGGAACCGAACCGAGCGGCUGUCCGACCUGCUGGACUGGAGAUACCUGGGACGGUUCUACAUUAGCGCCCGGCACAUGGCCCUGAGCAGAGCUUUCCCAGAGAAGUACAAGAUGGAGUCCACGGCCUCUCUGAGGACGGAGGGAUUCCGGUACCCCCGGCCCUACUCGGUGCCCCCCUCCCCCUCCGCCUCCAUCCACUCCACCCCCCACCACAGCGACGACGAGGACGAGCACUACGACGAGGACGAGGAGGCGGAGCGCGACCGCGUGAACAUCAAGUCUCCCUUCCUGCUGGACGGAGUCCCUGAAGGCAAGAAGAAGCAGCCGGGGGAGGCGGGGAACUGAGAGCCGGCAGCUCAGCCUGACCCGCAGGUCACUGAGGGUGUUCAGGACUUCAGGGUCCAGAAAACACCUCAGUGGGCCAGUUUCAUUGAAUAAAGUGUGUUGAACUU